AUACUUGUGGCUUUGGGACAUAAAAUUAACAUGGUAGUACUUUUUUAGUUUGGUUUACUAAAUAUAAGUUGAAUAACCAUGCUAAAUCAGAUUAUGCUCUAUUUAGGGCAUUGGAAAAUUUUCUGGCAAAUUUUCCAAUUCAAAAUUUCCUGGAAAACCCACAUCUCUGCUGGUGAAACCGGAUCGUCUCUGCUCUUAUUUAACACUUGAGCCCUUCCCCUUUUUUUGUUUUAUAGGUUAUUUCCAGGAGCCUUUUGAUAAAGGUCCUUUCGGGUGCCUAAAACAUGCCUAUUUAUGAUCUCUGAUGGGGUUGUGGCUAGACUGCAACUGGAGCCUGGGAAUUCUUAGAUCUUCAAAGGAUUAACACCAAAAAAAAAAGUUAUCCUCCGAAGAUGUUGGAGACUCCUGUUUUGUUCUGUUUUAGCCCAUUCAUAGUCUAUAUAGAGAAGUUCCAGUCCCCCCUUAGCUUUUAUUUAUCAGUGCUUAAAUUAAUGCCUGAUAAUUCUCUCUUCCGUGUAGGUGGCAAGAACGUCCUCUUCAUAGUGGUGGAUGAUCUGCGUCCCACUUUAGGCUGUUAUGGAGACAACCUUGUAAAAUCUCCAAACAUCAAUCAGCUUGCCUCUCAGAGCGUUGUGUUCCAAAAUGCUUACGCACAACAAGCCGUAUGUGCUCCGAGCAGAGUGUCCUUUCUUACUGGGCGCAGACCUGACACCACCAGGCUUUAUGACUUCUAUUCUUAUUGGAGAGUGCAUGCAGGAAACUACUCCACAAUACCCCAGUAUUUUAAGCAGAAUGGCUACACAACCAUGUCUGUAGGAAAAGUUUUCCAUCCCGGGAUUUCAUCUAAUUAUAACGAUGAUUAUCCAUACAGUUGGUCCAUCCCCCCUUUUCAUCCCUCUACUGAAAAAUAUGAAAACACUAAGACUUGCAAAGGGAAAGAUGGAAAGCUUCAUGCCAACUUAGUUUGCCCUGUGGAUGUGGCAGAAGUGCCUGAGGGCACCUUGCCUGAUAUCCAGAGCACUGAAGAGGCCAUUCGCUUAUUGAACGUCAUGAAAAAAAAGAAACGCAAAUUUUUCCUGGCUGUUGGUUAUCACAAACCACACAUCCCACUGAGAUAUCCUCAAGAAUUUCUCAAGUUGUACCCCCUGGAAAAUAUCACUUUAGCCCCAGACCCAUGGGUGCCUGAAGAAUUACCACCUGUGGCAUAUAACCCUUGGACAGACAUCAGGGAAAGGGAGGAUGUACAGGCGUUAAACAUAAGCUUCCCUUAUGGGCCAGUUCCAGAAGACUUUCAGCGGCUGAUACGUCAGAGCUAUUUUGCAGCAGUUUCUUAUCUAGAUACACAGGUUGGCCGGCUGUUGAAUGCUUUGGAUGAUCUUAAGCUCUCUAGGAAAACGAUUGUGGUAUUUACUGCUGAUCAUGGAUGGUCUCUUGGCGAACAUGGUGAAUGGGCGAAGUACAGCAACUUUGAUGUUGCUACCCGGGUGCCAUUGAUGUUUUAUGUACCAGGAAAGACAUCUUCCUUUGCUAACCCUGGAGGGAGACAGUUCCCUUAUCUUGAUCCCUUCACUCAUGUUUCAAACUUGAUACCUCAAGGGCGAACCAAAAAAAUAGUUGAGCUAGUGUCUCUUUUCCCAACGCUCGCUGAACUUGCAGGCCUGCGGAUUCCCCCUUUGUGCCCUGAAACUUCGUUUGAUGUUACCCUCUGUUCUGAGGGGAGAAGCAUUGUUCGCUAUUUUGCUCCCGUGGAAGAGAAGGGUGACUAUGGUGGCGAUGACUCUGACUAUUACCAAGAUGACCAGGAAGAGCCCAUUGCUUUCUGCCAGUAUCCACGACCUGCAGACACCCCUCAGUGGAACUCUGAUAAACCAAAGCUAAAAGACAUAAAAAUAAUGGGGUAUUCCAUGCGGACGGUUGACUAUCGGUACACUGUGUGGGUUGGGUUUAAUCCCAGUACUUUUAGUGCCAACUUUCAGGAUAUCCAUGCCGGAGAGCUGUACAUGGUGGGUACUGAUCCUGGUCAGGACCAUAACAUAUAUAACAAUAGCCUUCACAGUAAUGUCUUGAAAAAAAUUCUGGCAUUCUUGAGGCGCUAGAUCUAAGAGUGCUGCUAUGUGCACGCUUUUGUUGCUGAAGUAACUGUUUUCUUUAUAUAAAACUUUAUUGUACACAAAGCAACUGAAUGCAUUAAAACCCAAUUUGUACCAAACCAGGAGCUGUUGCUGCUGUCUUCUUACAGCAUUCUGGGACUUCUAAACUGCCUGGGCUCAGAAAAGUUGGUGCAACAAGCAGCAUAUAUAUGCAUGCACAUACAUGGUGCUUUUCAAAUGAGAGCUGUACAACGGUGAGCAAGUACAUAGUGUGGUGCAUAUAUAACCCUCAGAAGUGCUGUCUGACACUGUCCCACAUGAAAAAGAAAGGCAGAUGGUCUUGUCAAAAGGGGUGGCUUGAAAUGUAGCAGAACAAAUACUUGUGUGUACAAACGAGCUUGGAGGACUUGUGUAAAAUCAGAAAUAAAG